UUUUCUUUUUUUUUUCUUCUUCUUUAUCACUUACAAUAGUAUCAAGAUGGCACCUGAUUUAAAGGAGUACGAUCAGGAGCAAGUUCGCCUUAUGGAAGAAAUGUGUAUUGUCAUUGAUGAAAAUGACAAACGUAUUGGAGCUGAUUCCAAAAAGACUUGCCAUCUCAUGACAAAUAUCGAUCAGGGCCUUUUGCAUCGUGCUUUUAGUGUCUUUUUAUUUGAUUCUCAAAAUAGACUUUUACUUCAACAGAGAGCAAGUGAAAAGAUCACUUUCCCUGAUAUGUGGACAAACACCUGCUGUUCUCAUCCUUUGAAUACUCCAUCUGAGCUUAUAGAAGAAGAUCAAUUGGGAGUACGUACUGCAGCACAGCGUAAAUUACAACAUGAACUUGGUAUUAUACCAGAACAAGUACCACUCGAUAAGUUCAAGUACUUGACUCGCAUUCAUUAUGUUGCACCCAGUGAUGGACAAUGGGGUGAACAUGAGAUUGACUAUAUCCUCUUUAUGAAGGCAGAUGUGACACUUCAAGUGAAUCCUAAUGAAAUUAGAGAUGUGAAGUAUGUUACUGCUGAAGAACUUGAAGCAAUGUUUAAGGAUCCUAAUAUUCCCAUGACACCUUGGUUCAAACUUAUCUGCAAUACAUUCUUAUUUAAAUGGUGGAAGCAAUUGGAUACAAUUGAAUCCAUUGAACCUGAUCAUACAAUUCACCGCUUAGGCUUUUAAUCUAGUAAUAAUAAUAAAAAAACGUUCCUUCAUACUAUUUUUGUGUGAAUAUGUCAAAAUAGUAAUGAUCUGCCCUUGCACGUG